GACGAGGACUACUCUGCAGGCUCCGUGGACGCCGACCGCGAGAUGACCAGACUCUGGCGCACAUGGAGGACAGUCUUUGAGAUGCUUCUGGAUCGUGUAAGGAUUUUUUCCAGCUUCAAGUGAAGCGAAGAGCUUCCAAUAACCACCCCCGCGAUCAUCCCACUGACCAAGUUCAACAAAUCCGCAGGGCUACGAGGUGACAGAAGAUGAAGUGCAAAUGCCUCUCCACGAAUUCAAGCAGAAAUAUUCCGACCCUCUAGGAUACCCCGAGUAUGCGCGCCUUUCAUCCCAAUACAUAUUUCAAUCAACUCCCAUCUAACCCAAAAUCCCCUCAAACAGCCGCAACAAGAUGAAAAUCAGCGCCCGGCCCACGGAAGCCAUGCAAGCGAAAUACACGCCCCUGCCUAGCAAAUCGAACCCGAACCCCCAGCCUGACUGCGGCACCAUCUACGUCGAAUUCUGCCCGGACUCGACCGGCGUCGGUACCAAGCAAGUUCGUACCUUCAACCACUUCGUCGACGAGAACAACUUCCACACCGGCGUGUUCAUCACCCAGACUCCCAUCUCGCCGUCCGCGGUGCGCCUGCUGAGCAGCAUGCCCGGCCGCAUCUGCGAGCAUUUCCAGGAGCAGGAUCUGCUGGUCAACAUUACCCGUCACGAACUGGUCCCGAAACACGUUUUGCUUAGCCCCGAUGAGAAGGCCCGUUUGUUGGAACGUUAUCGUCUGAAGGAGUCGCAGUUGCCUCGUAUACAGGUGUCUGAUCCUGUUGCUAGAUACCUCGGUCUGCGCAGAGGUCAGGUCGUCAAGAUUAUUCGCAGAAGUGAGACGGCUGGUCGGUAUGCUAGUUAUCGGUGGGUUAUAUAAUUGGUGGACUGUUUCUAUCGGGGUUCCUUUACCCGAUGCAGGUCCAGCAAAAUGGCCCAAUCUGCCCUCCGGAAGGAGUCUAUCACAAGACACAAGAAUAAAGAACAUGAAGAAGACAAAAGAGGCUGGGUGGAGAGAAAAAUUGGAGGGGUGGAGGGAAAAGAAAGAAAAAA